AUGCCCUCUGUGGAAACUCAAAUCAGUCUAAUUCUAUGUCAUGCGCCAGUAGAGAUUAAGAAAGAGGAUGUGCCCAAAGAUGUAACAUCACCUAAACGAAGAGAUCGAGGACUUGACGACGAAGAAGUUGGACCUGCGCUCCCACCAUCGAUGAGAGAAGAACGGACAGAUGAUCGAAAACGUGACCAAAAAGCGCACAAGCGAUCGGCUAGGGAUGAAGAGCAGAAUGGGCAUUCCAAAGUUCCACGAAAAGAUCGCGAACAAAUUGAGUCAAGAUUAACCCGACCGGUAUCUCGUGAGCGCAGAGUUCCAUCACCAAUUCGAGAAAAAGACAGGCGGGACGACAAAAAGGACAGGAGGAAAGAUAAUAAACCUUUGCGGAAGUAGUGUAGUAUAUGUAUAGUCAGCGAGACAUAGGAUUCAAGCAUCAGGCUCCACUCCCACCUGUGUUACCUCGAAACCUGUUAUUAUUUGUUUGUUACGUGUUGUGUAUCUACAGAAUCUAAUGAAAUAUAAUGGAUCUCUUCGUGUAAUGAAUGCCUCA